AGUCCCCGCCCCCGGAAGAGCUGCUUAUCGCAGCCAAUCGGCGGGCGCGGCGGCGGCGGCGGCGGAGUCUGGGAGCGAGGGACACCCCACCCUGUCACUGAAGGAAAACGGAGGUCUCUUCCGGCCGCCCCGGGUGUCAGGGGCUCAGAAAUCCGAGACCCGAGGGAGAUGCGCUGAGGCUGGCCGUCCCCUCUAAAGGGCCUCUCGGAAGGCACCGCCAGGAAUGCCUAGCGUCCCAUUCGAGCCAUUUGGAAGGGGGAAGGAGGUUAGUUGUGGCUCUGGCGUUUGCCUCUAGGUGACAGUAAAGGGCGCAUGGGGGUGUAAUGAGUGCAGAGUGACCUCGAGGAAAGGGCAGGUUAACUUGGACAGGCGUUUCUCCAUUGCUCGCCUCUCGGGUCAAAGUCAGCCAGGGUCAAAAUAAGAGACUUUGCGACCCAUGGUUGCCCUCACCUGUGUCCUUGGCCUUCCAGAAGACACCUUGGAAUGCCUCACGAAGUUUCUGUACAAAGAUUCUGAAUGUAAAGUUCUCAGUAUCUGGUUGCUAAGAACAGUACUCUGAGACACAAGUAGCUUCUGUGUGUGGGCCCGGGGAGGCACAGCUGUGGACAGGGAAGAAGGGUGGGGAAUCUUUUGUUUUUCUGUACGUAGUAAGCGGUUAGGGAAAGCAUGAUUCUAUUCUGUCUAUAGUCCCGUUUGGGCUAGUGUGAGGAUGUCGUUCUGUCCUGUGGGUGUUUGCUGAAUAUUCGCAAUAUUAGGAAAUUACUAAUGAGACAGUUCUCUUUAGGAAGCCAGAGGGGAAUGAAUAGCAUUUGUGUAGAAUUAACCCCAGGUUUGGUUUUCAGUUAAGAAAAUGAGGCAGAAGGAAGUGUUAGCCAAGACCUUCCAAGGCCCAGCCGUUGUCUGUAGGACUCCAAACAGCCACGUUUACAUGUUCAAGAAUGGCAGUGGAGACUCCGGGGACUCCUCUGAGGAAGAGUCACAUCAUGUGGCGUUACGACCCCGGGGCAAGGAGCGCCAGAAGAACAGCAUCCAACACCCUCAGCAGCCCGGAGCGGGCAGCAUGGUUCUGCUGCAGCGGGAGCUGGCCCAGGAGGACAGCCUUAACAAGCUUGCUCUCCAGUAUGGCUGCAAAGUUGCAGAUAUCAAGAAAGUGAACAACUUCAUCAGGGAACAAGACCUGUAUGCUUUGAAGUCCAUCAAGAUUCCGGUGAGAAAUCAUGGCAUCCUCACAGAGACCCAUCAAGAGCUCACCCCCCUGGGGGCCCCGUCCUCUGAGACCAGAGUGACCCUGGGAGAACUGUCUGAAGAAGAGGAUGCCACUGGGGCAAGCGUCCAGGGAAACCAACUGACGGAUUUCUUUAAGGGAAUCGACGAGAACAUUGAGCGGGCUGUGCAGUCUGACGUCUUCCACAGCGACAGCUGCUGCGUGGAGGCCGCAGAUCAGCCACUGCUCCCCGCCACCCAGAAGCCACCAGGCGACGGCGCCGACUGCGGGAUUCAGUGGUGGAAUGCUGUCUUCCUCAUGCUUCUCAUUGGGAUUGUGUUGCCAGUGUUUUAUCUCGUCUACUUUAAAAUCCAAGCCACCGGGGAAGCCUCCAGUAGCGUGAAUGCAACUGUUGUCCCCAAUGACUCGAUGACACUGAGCCCAGUUCCAGCGCCAGCGCCCAGGUUGGCAAUUCCAGUGCCCACCCUCCCCGCUUCAGACAGCCAGGUCAGCUCAACCACCCAGGCAGGGGCCUAAGCUCAUUUAUUCUAGAAUGAGCAAUGCUUUGGCAGUUGGCUCUGGAUGUGUGUAGUCGGGCAUGUUGCACUUUGCUUCCUGGGAUGCAUGAACAGUUAAAGAAGUUACCACGUCAAUCUGGAUUGUAUGGACUGAGGAGUGACCUGCCCUAACCCAAGGAUGCAGGAGCUCAGACAUCAUCGUCCCAGCAAGAGAGACAUUUACAUGGAACUGGUGGCUCUUUCUUGAAGACAGGUCGGGGCUGGCUGUGCGUUCCUGUACAGCCCUUCUGGGUGAGCGCCUAAGUAGAACGUGAUCAGGGAUCUGCGAUGUUGGCGCUCCCACUGUUGGGUGGGGUCAGAUGAUUGUCACAGUGUCCCAGCCUGCUAAUGGUUGGGGGUGGGCUCAGCGGCAUGUCCUGUGUCUGGGUAGACCAAGGUGCUAUGCAGUAUGCCACUGAGUUUUAGAGCGACGCAUUACAGUUGUGACAGCCUGGCAUGCCUGCCUCUUCACUCGGCCCCAUUGAGGUGGUGCUACUUUGGAAGUGAGAAUGCUCAGAAUCCAAACUGCCAUCCUUUGACUUACGCUGCAGUCCGGUCCCUCACACUGUUGGAGCUUUAUGGUCUCACACAUGGGCAUAUCUUAAGCCAGACACAGGGCCACCGCUCAGAUUCACAGUAGGAGCAUCUCUGUGGUGAUGGCUCCAGGGAUUCUCCCAGUUGGCAUCUUGGGAGCAGAUGUUAUUGGCAAGUAGUCUGAAGAGACUACAUCCGCCAUUAAGGUUCUAACACAUGCACCUCUGAGGCCAACCCACUGUCGGACGAGUGUUGCCAAGUCCAGUAGGUCUUCGCCCCCACCCCUACCACGUGUCCCCGAAGCAGAGUAUUCUUCCCGCUGCCUCCUUACUCUGCCCUUUGGGUGUUGUCCUUAAACUUCCAGAUUCUGUGUCUCAGUGUUAAAACCAGAUACAGUGUCAGUCAGCUUUCUCUCACUGGACAAAAUAAUCUUGGCUCAAGGUUUUGACCCAUGGCCUGAUUUGGGGGCGCCUAUGGUAAGAACACACAUCAUGGAGGAGAGUGUGGUGGGACAGAUUGUUCCUAUGACCAGGAAGAGAGGGAGAGACAAGGAGCUUGGGUCCUGGUAUCACCUUCAAGGUCAUGCCUGCAGUGACCUUGCCUCUGCCACUAGACCCCAGAUCUUAAAGCUUCCACUCCUUCCCAGUGCCAAGGUGAGCACAAGCCUUUAAGAUAUUUGCCUUUGGGGGGCAUAUCCAAACCCCAACAAGGUGACUCUGGCUGUGAAAGGCUAUAAAAGCAGCAGACACCAGAGGGGGUGAGAUGCCCGAGGUUUUCUCAGCCACUCCCUGGUGGCAGUAGCCAUCCAUGUGCUGCAAGGAGUGUGGGAGAAAGGGCUAAGUCAGCCGGCCUUGUCACAGCAGGGAAGGGCCUGAGGUGGCCGUGAGCUCAGCUUCAGGGUGAACAGAAGGCAGGCAGGUGGCUUCUGUGUCAAGUGUCAAGGUAACGCCAUUUGACACUUAGACCUGGAAAUCUGAUUAGAGGAGCAGAAUAGUAUGUGAGCCUGUUGUUCAGUUGUCUGAAAAACAGUCUGCCCAGGGUGUAAAUAGCAAAUUUGAGUCAUCUUCAGAAUUAAGUACUUUGAGGCCAAAAAUAAACCCGUGUAUCUCAAUACAAUAAACAUGGAUUAUGUUAAGUGAUUUCUAUCUGGAUGCUCAUGACCAUUGUGGCUGUGAAGUUUCUUUUAGAUGUUUUUACCAUUGACUUCAGCAGGCAGGGCCCAGAGUCCCAUGGGAAAAUCGUUUUCGGUAGACAACGAAUGUCUUUUUUCCCCUGAAUUCUGUCACAAGUGUUAGGGACAGUCCUGUGUAGGCUCCUCAGUAGAACAUGACAAGGGAACUGCAGUGUCAGUGCCCCCUGGGGUUGGAUGGGGUCAGAUGACUGUCACAGUGACCCUGCCUGCUGAGGGCGGGGGUGAGCUUGGCUCAGAGAUGUGUUCUGUCUGUCUGGGCAGACCAAGGUGCUAUGCGAUAGUAUCAGUAUGUCACUGAGUUUUAGACAAGUUACAGUUGUGACUUGUAUCUCUGUAUUUUUCUCAAGUGGAAUAAAUAUUUCUUCUGUGAAGGAAA